GUGUACACUGAGACUCAGCAGCCAGUACAGCAGAGGACUUAACCACCAGAAGAGCUGACUGGAGCUUCUGGAUCUCAGAUCUGGAGGUUUUUUUUUUUUUACUUUGACACCAGUGACAGAGAGGACUGCUGCUGUUGGAGAUGACUGGACUGUCACUGCAGGAACAGGAACAGCAUCCCUCCGCUUUGGGAACUUUUCUCUGUCCUGAAAGCUUGAUAGUUACUGGGGGACGUUUGAUCUAAGACGCACAAACAUUGGAAAAUUUCUACCUCAGUCAGGAGUUAGGUGCAUUGAAAGGAAGAUCUAUUGCAGCCCUGUUGAAUAAAAGCCAUAUUCAAAACAAACUCCAGGAUGAAGACUCAUCUCCUCUGCUUGGAGUUACUCCUCUUGGCGGGUCACAUCCUUGUGGCCAGUGGGCAGCUGGAGCCAAAGAAACAAGUGCCCCAGGAGCCUCUUACUGUCACCCAGAGACCUGGGCUCGUAGAGAGGGAUGUGCAGGGUCCAGUGAGGUCUAACAUCACCAUGCCCCGCCGCCGGCUACCUCCCAUGUGCACCGGACCCACAGAAAUCCGUGACACCUUUAAGUACAUUAACACGGUGGUGUCCUGCCUGGUGUUUGUUGUUGGUAUUAUUGGCAAUUCCACUCUUCUGAGGAUCAUCUAUAAGAAUAAGUGCAUGCGUAACGGGCCAAACAUCCUGAUCGCCAGCCUGGCGCUUGGAGACCUGCUGCACAUCAUUAUUGGCAUUCCCAUUAAUGUUUACAAGCUCCUCGCAGAAGACUGGCCGUUCGGGGUGACUCUGUGCAAGCUGGUGCCGUUUGUCCAGAAAGCGUCAGUGGGGAUCACAGUGCUGAGUCUGUGCGCUUUGAGUAUUGACAGGUAUCGUGCCGUGGCGUCGUGGAGCCGUAUCAAAGGGAUUGGAGUUCCUAAGUGGAUGGCUACUGAGAUAGUGCUCAUAUGGAUAUUAUCCAUCAUCCUGGCUGUGCCAGAGGCAAUAGCCUUCGACAUGAUCACCAUGGACUACAAAGGAGAACAGUUGAGGAUCUGUUUGCUGCACCCCAUGCAGAAAACUGACUUUAUGAGGUUUUAUAAAUCAGCAAAGGACUGGUGGCUGUUCAGCGCAUAUUUCUGCCUACCGUUGGCCUGCACUGCUAUUUUCUACACCCUGAUGACCUGCGAGAUGCUGAGGAAGAAGAACGGAGUCCAGAUCGCCCUGAGUGAUCACCUCAAACAGCGGAGGGAGGUGGCAAAGACAGUGUUCUGCUUGGUUCUGGUCUUUGCUCUGUGCUGGCUGCCGCUCCACCUCAGUCGUAUCCUGAAGCUGACCAUCUACGAUGAGAAAGACCCAAACCGCUGUGAACUGCUCAGUUUCUUUUUGGUGUUGGACUACAUCGGCAUCAACAUGGCAUCUGUCAACUCCUGUAUCAACCCCAUCGCCCUCUACAUGGUCAGCAAGCGCUUCAAGAACUGCUUCAGGUCCUGCCUGUGCUGCUGGUGUCUACCGGCUGAGAUGUUGAUGGAUGAAAAGCAGUCAUGCAUGAAGCUGAAGGUCACCGAACGACCCUCCGACCAGAGCAACUCCCGCAUGACCAACAAAUCUACUACUACAGCCUGAGGAGAGGACUGGAAGCGAGAAAAGAGGAGCUAUGAUGACAAAAACCAAAAUAUUGAAGUAUGGCUGACUGAAUGUGAAUAAGUGCCCAUUCUUGCCUCAUCUACAACAUCAUAUGAAGUCUCCCUCAUCUCCUAACAGACGUCCCCUUGCCAAUAUGGGGUGCUGAACACUCUCCAUGUCCGAGAAGAAAAAAAAAGUAUCAGUGCACUUCAAAAAACUGUAUUCUUGGAUAACAAGUUCGAGACGUGUGAAGCGGAAAACCCGGUGUUAAUAACACCAAAUAUCGAGAGCUGAGCUCGGGGCGAAGUUCUGCACAAGUGUUAUGUAAAAUUAGUGAAUUAGCGACAGCUCAUCUGGCUCGCAGCCUGGAUAGUGAAUGAUACUUUGAUGCUAUGAAUCUUGCGAUAAGUUCUGCAUUGCAUAUUAUAUUGUAUUAUUGUAUAUAUUAUGACUAUAUUCGAGUGUGAUGCUGUGUUAUGAAUUGCUACCACACACUGCAGCAGCUUGGAAAAAGUUAAACAAUGAAUUUAAUGCUCUUUUGUUUUGGUUUUUUUGUACGUAUUUCCUUUGAAGUAUAUGUUUGUACUGAGCAUUUUGCAUACUUUAUCAUCCGUCACAUUAGUGCCUUUAUAUGUAUUGUCCGUGUGUCAUUUUCCCACUAGUUACUGAACUACUGAUGUUGUUUGUUUAAAGGUUGUGUGACCAUUCAGCUAUUGUAUUAUACUGUUCAAUAUCGGGCCUGUUCAUGAGGCUUUAUGUGUUUUGUGACUGUAUUUGCUCAACAUUAUCUUAAGCCGACUUGUACCUCAGCUGGUAUGUCAAGAGGUAGAGUUUCUUUUUGCAAUAAAUACAAUAUUAAAUAUAAUAA